AUGGAGGUUCCUCAUUCAACUUUCACAUUAGCCAAACCGGAUCGGCGCGGUCGAACAUUCCCGCAAGCUAUUGCACAUCGAGGGUACAAAGCUGCGAAUCCAGAAAAUACUAUGGGCGCAUUCAGAGGUGCUGUCGAGAUAGGCGCGCAUGCGAUAGAAACCGAUUUACACAUCACAAAGGACGGGGUCUUGGUUAUUUCACAUGAUCCAAGCCUUAAGAGAUGUUUUGGGAAAGACGCAAAGAUUAUAGAUUGCGACUGGUCGUAUAUAUCUACCCUUCGCACUGUCCAGGCCCCUCACGAAGCUAUGCCUCGCCUUACCGAUCUCUUAGAAUACCUCACUACACCUGGGUUAGAAGAUAUAUGGAUAUUAUUAGAUAUUAAGCUGGAUAAUGAUGCAGAGCAGUUAAUGAGUUUAAUCGCUUCAUCGAUUAGAGAGGUGAAGCCAACAAGACCUUGGAAUCAGAGAGUUCUAUUAGGCUGCUGGGCAGCCAAGUAUGUUCCGCUGUGCGCUAAAUACCUUCCCGAUUUCCCCAUAACGCACAUUGGAUUUUCAAUAGGGUAUGCGAGAGAGUUUUUAUCCAUACCUAAUAUAAAUUUCAACAUGCUGCGGCAGAUUCUAGUCGGACCUGGCGGUUCUAAAUUUAUGGCCGAUGCCAAAGCUGCAAAACGAUCUAUGUUGGUGUGGACUGUUAAUGAAGAGCAAUGGAUGAGAUGGUGUAUCAAAAAUAAGAUAGAUGGGGUUAUCUCUGAUGACCCCAAGAAGUAUCUGGAAGUGUGUGAGAAAUACGAUUCUGCAGAUUCGAAACAGCCUGGCUUCGGGCUCAAAGAUUGGGCAUUGAUUAUAUGGUUUAAUUUAUUGGCCAUGCUAUUUUCAUGGCUAUUCAGGUACAGAUAUGGCUUUAAAAUAGACAAGAAAAAGGUUAAAGAAGGUUAUGAGACAUCGAAGCGCAAUGCGGCAUUGUCUUCGUGA